UAUUUUCUUAUAGGUCAUUGAACUUAUUCUUCGUAUGUUAUUGCUCGGUAUGAUGGAAUUAUAUAGUCAAGUAUAAUGGAAUUGGAAAUAGAAAAAAAAUCAAUGCCUUUUUUAACGUUUCAUGACGAAAAAUCUAUUUUUAUUUAUAUUUUUCAAUACAAAAUGAUAGUUAAAACAUAUCUGAAGGAUUAACAUACAUGUCACCAAUAUCAGCAGUAUAAUCCAAAAUUGUAACGACAAACAAAGUGUUUACAUAGAAGCAACAAGCGGCAACACAAUCUCCCUGGUAACCAAAAACAAAUUUACCAUCGUCACAUGAAACCUAAAAAGUUUGCAACUGAUUUUGUUGGUUCAAUAAAUGCCACAAGUUGAAGAAGAAUCGAAAAACGUUAAAACGAAAGGCAGCAGAAUUGAAAGUGAAGGAUAACAAAUGUAAACGAACAUAAAGAAGCUCAAUUAUUGAAAGACGUCAUAUUUAAGAUUAAAAACUUGCACAUUUAACUACAACAAAACUAAUUAAAAACUUUUGCAAAUGGCUCAAGAAACAGGUGGUGCCACAAAAAGGUUAAAUGCCACCUAUUCCAGUAUGUAUGGCAGAGUCAGCAAUAACAUGGGCCAUGAACGCAUGAAAGUAUACUUUUGUACCGAUUUUGAUAAGUCGGUUUUAGUGAAUAAUUUUGAAAAACGUGGCUGGCAUCAAGUUGGUGGCGAUGAUGAUUGGAAUUUUUAUUGGGCUGGUGUUCAGACAUGUCGUAAUAUCUUUAGUGUAGACAGUGGUUAUCGCAUGAAUGACAAUCAAAUGAUUAAUCAUUUUCCAAAUCACUAUGAACUAUCGCGUAAAGAUCUUUUGGUUAAGAACAUCAAACGUUAUCGUAAAGAUUUGGAAAGAGAUGGCAAUGCUUUGGCCGAGAAGUCUGAUUUGAAUUGGUCGGUAGGUGGGGUAACUAAAUAUUUAUAUUUAGAUUUUAUACCAGUUACAUUUGUUCUACCAGCGGAUUACAACAUGUUUGUGGAGGAAUAUCGUAAAAAUCCCCAAAGCACUUGGAUUAUGAAACCUUGUGGCAAGUCCCAAGGUGCCGGCAUUUUCUUAAUCAACAAACUUUCGAAACUGAAAAAAUGGUCUCGUGAAGCUAAGGGUGCCUUUCAUCCUCAGAUUGCUAAGGAAAGUUAUGUUAUUUCACGUUACAUUGAUAAUCCUCUGCUUAUUGGUGGCAAGAAAUUCGAUUUACGAUUGUAUGUUUUGGUUACUUCAUUUCGUCCUUUGAAGGCAUAUCUGUUUAAACAGGGAUUUUGUCGUUUUUGUACGGUAAAGUAUGAUACUAGCUGUACGGAAUUGGAUAAUAUGUAUGUGCAUUUAACCAAUGUCAGUGUUCAAAAACAUGGGGGUGAAUACAACUCACUGCAUGGCGGCAAAUGGUCAGUACAAAAUUUAGCCCUUUAUUUAGAGGGUACACGCGGAAAAGAAGUUACCGAUCGCUUGUUUGGUGCCAUUUCAUGGCUAAUUGUACAUUCGUUACGAGCCGUGGCCCCAGUAAUGGCUAGUGAUCGACAUUGUUUUGAAUGUUAUGGCUAUGAUAUAAUAAUCGAUAACAAUCUUAAGCCUUGGCUGGUGGAAGUGAAUGCCUCACCAUCUUUGACUUCCACUACCGUAACGGAUCGCAUUUUAAAAUAUAAAUUAAUAGAUAAUAUAUUAUCGGUUGUGUUGCCACCAGAUGGUAUACCGGAUGUUCGCUGGAAUAAAAUUCCUAGUGCUGAUGCUUUGGGUAAUUUUGAAUUGUUGUUGGAUGAAGAGUUAGCCGCUCAAGAAGAAGCUCAAAAUAGCCAACAAAGUAAGAAUUCUAAAUCUAUGGGCAAUAGAUGGAAAUGAGUUAGUUUCUGAAACUAUGAUGUUUUUCCAAUUUUUGUAGUUUUAAAUUUUAGAAUUAAGAAUUAGAAAAAUUCCAAAUUAGGUAGCGCAAUUUUUUGUUUUAUUAUACAGAAAUAUUCAAGUGCAA